UCCCCUACAUGUAAUAUCUCCUACACGCAAUAUCCCCUACACACAAUGUCCCCUACACGCAAUGUCCCCUACACGCAAUGUCCCCUACACGCAAUGUCCCCUACACGCAAUGUCCCCUACACGCAAUGUCCCCUACACGCAAUAUAUCUCCUACACGAAAUAUCCCCUACAUGCAAUGUCCCCUACACGCAAUGUCCCCUACACGCAAUAUCCCCUACACGCAAUGUCCCCUACACGCAAUAUCCCCUACACGCAAUGUCCCCUACACGCAAUAUCCCCUACACGCAAUAUCUCCUACACGCAAUAUCUCCCAUACGCAAUGUCCCCUACACGAAAUAUCUCCUACACGCAAUAUCCCCUAUACGCAGUGUCCCCUACACGCAAUGUCCUCUACACGCAAUAUCCCCUACACCCAAUGUCCCCUACACGCAAUGUCCCCUACACGCAAUAUCUCAUACACUCGAUAUCCCCUACACGCAAUAUCCCCUACAUGCAAUAUCCCCUACACGCAAUAUCCCCUACACGCAAUAUCUCCUAUACGCAAUAUCUCCUAUACGCAAUAUCCCCUACACGCAAUAUCCCCUACACGCAAUAUCGCCUAUACGCAAAAUCCCCUACAGACAAUUGUCCUUUUGUUAAGCCUCAAAGAAAUCAAGUUUGGAUUGUAAAGAUGAAAGCGACCAGGCGAUCGCUGUUAUGACUUCAAGAGAAAUUCUAGGUCUGAUGCCAUGACUUUGUUUUAUUUGUUUUACUGUUUAUGCCAUGACCUUGUUUGAUAGUUUAUGCCAUGACCUUGUUUGAUAGUUUAUGCCAUGACCUUGUUUGAUAGUUUAUACAAUGACUUUGUUAGAUAGUUUAUACAAUGACUUUGUAGUAUGGACGCUUCGUAUUGUUUCUUGGCCGGCGGUUGGUUUUGGGCAUCACUUACCCUGUUUGUGGCGAUAGUUGCUGUUGUUGCCAUAACAGUGACUGUUGUUGUCAUAACAGUGACUGUUGUUGCCAUAACAGUGACUGUUGUUGUUGCCAUAACAGUGACUGUUGUUGUUGCCAUAACAGUGACUGUUGUUGUUACCAUGACAAUGAUUGUUGUUGCCACAACAGUUACUUGUUGUUGUUGCCGUAACAGUGACUGUUGUUGCUCUGACAGCGACUGUUGUUGCCAUAGCAGUGACAUCCUCUGUUAGUGGUGGCACACGUCAACCUAUUGUGCAAUCUACAUAUUUCUCGAGUACCAUUGUUUGUCUUUAGAAAUAAUAAUUAUUAUUAUUAAUAAUGAUAUAGGGAUAAGUCGUUCAGAUGAACAGACUGCGCGCACAGCCGCACUAUUGAAUAGACUUAACUGUUGUGUUUAUGAACGCUGCUAUCGAUCCUCAUGAACGUCUCGGCAGGACAAGUUGCUAUAUAUGAAUGACUUCUUGUUUCGCAUCACAUUCAUUAAAAUUUAGUUUGCUGCUCAAUACUCAUGCAUGCGGUCAUAUUUGAACAUCCAACAUUCUUUCUUAACCAUGAUUCUUUUGUCAAGCACUUAGGAAGACUUCUAACUCAACCAGUUAAGAAAACUGCUCAAAUUUAGCACCGAUGCCAGGGCAAGAAGCACAGAAUUCAGGUGAUUCCAAUUCAGGUACAGCCGAAAUAAUUCCAUUCUAAAUGAAAAUGGACGCAGUUGUUUUCUUUGUAUUUAUCAUAGCGCUGGAGCCAUAAAUGCCACAAAUAAUCGUAGGCUGCGCUAUUUUCUACAUAGCGACGUGCAACCCAAAUGAACAGAGCGCUCUUCCAAGGCUAUAGCAAAUCUCUACCAUUAAAUAAAUAGAGGAGCUUAACCGCACAGGAUAGCAUCAGUUUAAAGCGAUAUCAAUAACCCUGUCUGGAGAGUGUCAAUGCAUAGCUCUAUUUGAAAUAAUAUUCUUUGUGUACGAAGUUCGAGAUACACAAUAAGAUAACAGCGCUCGAGUUGCGGUAUAGUGAACCUCCUGUCACCAUUUAUGGCACCUACCAAGUAUAUAGCAUGGCGUGCCACUAGCCAAGCUGGAAUACCAUGCAGUCGGUGUACGGUAGUGGUUCUAGCGUACCAAGAUACUCUUACCGAUGGUGCACGAGCUCACAAGUUGCUAUACUAUCAAGUCUCCAUAGAUAGUUUCUAUAGCCCUGAAUUACUAACUCUUGCUAAAUGAGAUAUGUUAUAAUAUGUUCUCUUUGGUAAAUAAAUGCGCCUGAUUCA